GGAAGUGAACAGUGAUCAAGAACAAUUUCCACGUUAGCAGUUUUUUGUUAUUUAUACAUUUAUUAACACCCUGGAACUCAAAAUAUGAUUGAUUUAACUGCACAGCAUUACUUAUGUAUCCCUGGUAGUGUUUAAUUCGCGUUGAAGACAGUACUUGGUUUAUAUAGGUGAUAUAGUUAAUGAUAGUUAGCUGCUAACGUUAGCUAACAAUGGCUACCUGUAACUCAAACGUUAUGAUUUUUCACACUCAAAUAGCCUCCAUUAUGGAGGUGCUAGCGAAUGCGGCCGUUGCAGAGAUCUGUAAACUCGUAGACGACGACUAUGCAGUGUUUCGUUUGGAAAUUACUCAAAGCCAGAAAGAAAACAGGGCAUUGCGGAGGAAACUACAGCUAAUUGAACUGAAGGUGACACGGGAGCGCGCUGAGAGGACAACGCGAGAGCGCGUCCUCGCCAGUCGCCCCAGUAGUGUCAAGAUCCCCGACCGAUACAGAGGAAUAACAAGAGGUGAAGGACAUCUCACUGAAGGCCACAGGAGCUUUGUGAAGCCUGCAGGACACAGAACAUGGAGAGAUGACCAACCAAUAACUAUUGAUGAGGGGAGUGGAACCUCAACCCAGCGCGUUAUCGUGAUAGAGUCUGCAGAUGCAGAGGAGGCAGGUCCUGGAGGAUCGUCUCUGGUCAAACAGGAGAGGACUGAAGGAGAGGAGGACCCACGACACAGCAUAGACAUCCAGAUUGGAGCGGUGGGAGUGGCGCCCCCUGUAGCCACGGAGGACUUCGCCUCCGCGCCCCAUCCUAGGGCCCAAUGCAGCAUCACGGAGGUCAGUGGAACGCCGAAUGCUGUCCUGAAGUCAGAGAAAGACACCGAGACUUUAACUGUAACACAAAGGUUCUUACACACAGGACUUAACCAAAUGUCAGACCCAGAGAGACUGGAGCUGGGACCACUGGGCUGUCCUUCUGCUCCUGGCUCAGAUUAUUUACUUUACGGUAACCCGAGCCUGAGGACGGUUCAUUCCCAUGGGGACUCGGGUGACGUGUUGGAGACUGGCAAUGAUUCAUCUUGUUCUUACACAACAGAGAUGGACCCUGGCAACAUGCCCUUGGAUUUAGAGACACAGACUGAUCUGUCUAGAGGGGACUGGAACCGGUACAGUAGUAGUGUAUACUCUGAAGGGUGCCUAGAUAAGAAAGGGGAGGUUAUAGUCAUAGAUGAGAGGACUGUGAAGGGCGAGGCUCCUCUGACAUGGAAUGUAGAUGAGACUCACUUAGGAGUAGGACACUCACAAGGCAGAGAUUUCUUAGAUUACAGAGAAAGCUUAGAGACAAAUCCAAAUGUUGCGUCCCAUUCCCCUUUACACACGCUCAGGGAUCUCGACACAGUGUCCAUGUUGAUGGGGCCUUCCGAUUCACAGAGCCGGGACUUUUUCGAUCCGGUAUUGAACUCUAAGGAUCAAAGGGCCAAGGCUCGGGGAGGGGGAGCAACAUCAGGCAAUAGUAAAGAGAAACGGUUCUGUAAUGAAGGCUUCAAUUGCCCCCAGAAGGUAGAGAUCCACCAGAGGGUCCACAUAGGGGUGAAACCCUUCAGCUGUACCCAGUGUCAUAUGCACUUUGCUGAGGCUGGCAACCUGAAGAGGCACCAGAGGGUCCACACAGGGGAGAAACCCUUCAGCUGUGUCCAGUGUCACAUGCACUUCGCCCGGACAGGUGACCUGAAGAGGCAUCAGAGGGUCCACACAGGGGAGAAACCCUUCAGCUGUACCCAGUGUCACAUGCGCUUCGCCCAGGCUGGCAACCUAAAGAUGCACCUGAAGGUCCACACGGGAGAAAGGCCAUUUGCCUGUCCACACUGCGGGAAGAGGUUCUCAGAGAGGAGAUGCCUCAGGAUACACCAGCAGAAAAAACAUUCCAUUUUAUAACAAAGAAACCAUUCCACUCAAUAGCUUCUGACACUUAGAUCUAACCCUGCAUUAAAGACAAAGAUUCAUUUUCAUUGUUGUCAGCAGAUGCAUUUCAAGUAACGAGAGUAACAGAUUUCAGUGUUGAAUAUUCCUGUGUAAAUAUUGCAUCCAGACAAGUAUUUUUCAACAUUUUGUUACUUUACAUCCUUAUUCUAAAAUUGAUUUUAUAUAUUUUCUUCAUCAACC